AAAAAAAAACACAACAAGUUAGAACUCUCCCUCCCUCCCUCUCACCACCUCAAACAAAAAAAAGAGAGAGUGCCGCAAGGAAAGUAAAAAAAUAGAGAGAGAGCCGUACGAUCAACGAGGAUUACAAAAUAGAAAUAUAAUAAAUACUCAGAAUGAGUGACGGAGAUACUAGUGUGGGCCUGGAUGGCAACUAUCCUCCACUGGAGGAGCUGACCACAACCACGAUGACACCCAGCGAUGUGGACGAGAGCGGAUUCUCACAUCCUUUGAUGAUCUUUGCCGCUGUGAUGACUUUUCUGAUAAUGAUCGUGGGAAUUUGUGGCAAUCUGCUGACUGUGGUGGCACUUUUAAAGUGCCCCAAAGUGCGUAAUGUGGCAGCUGCUUUUAUUAUUAGCCUUUGUAUUGCCGAUCUUCUCUUCUGUGCUUUGGUCCUGCCCUUCCAGGGUCUGCGCUUCGUCCAGGGAACUUGGCGUCAUGGGGAUGUCCUCUGCCGGCUGAUACCCUUCAUUCAGUACGGGAAUAUCGGUGUCUCGCUGCUCUGCAUCGCCAUGAUCACCAUUAAUCGGUAUGUGAUGAUCACCCACCAUGGAUGCUAUGCCAGGAUCUAUAAACGCCACUGGAUCGCCGUGAUGAUCGCCGCCUGCUGGCUGUUCUCCUACGGAAUGCAACUGCCCACACUGCUGGGGGCCUGGGGACGCUUUGGCUACGAUCCCCGCCUGCAGACCUGCUCCAUUAUGAGCGACCGCCACGGACACAGCAGCAAGACCACGCUCUUCAUCACCGCCUUCGUAAUACCCUGCCUGGUGAUCAUCGCCUGCUACGCCAAGAUCUUCUGGGUGGUCCACAAGUCCGAACAGCGUCUGAAGCGUCAUGCCACCAAACAGAACUCCAUACCCAACAAUCUCCGUCCACUGGCCACCGCAUCGGGAGCAGGAAGUCUGCCUUCGGGGGCGGCCCCAGAGUGUCAGCCUGGAAACCGCGUCUCCUCGGACAGCAGCAGCAGCUUCUCCACGGACGUACCGGAGACAGCGCCCAGCGGCGGCACCGGAAGCGGCAGCCAGAAGCAACCACCCACCCGGGUGAAGGAUCAGCGCGAGGUGCGAGCCAAACGGAACGAAUGGCGCAUCACCAAGAUGGUCCUGGCCAUUUUCCUCUCGUUUGUGAUCUGCUAUCUGCCCAUCACCAUUGUCAAGGUGGCCGACAAGGACGUGGAGCAUCCCAGUCUGCACAUCUGCAGCUACAUCCUGCUGUAUCUCUCGGCCUGCAUCAAUCCCAUCAUCUAUGUGAUCAUGAACAAGCAAUACCGCAAGGCCUACAAGACGGUGGUCUUCUGCCAGCCGGCACGUCUUCUGCUCCCCUUCGGGAAGACCAAUGGAGCUAGCAGUGCUGCAGAGAAAUGGAAAGAUACCGGGUUGAGCAACAACCACAGCCGCACCAUUGUCUCCCAGAUGUCGGGCGGGGCAACGGGAACGGGAUCGGGAGUGGUACAACCGGAGACGCCAACGGCAACGGGAACGGGAACGGCAGCAACAACCCCACAAGCCCUGGAGUUAAUGUCCCGGGGUCCGGAUCUGAUCAGCAAGUCGAAUCUAACGCCGCCGCCGCCCUCGGUCCUGACGGCGAUGCCCAACGGAAACAACAGCAAUCCGACCAGCCAACGGUUGCCGAUCAAGAAGAACAAUCACUCCUACACCAACAGCGGCUUCAACAGCAGUCCGGGAAUCGGGAGCAGCUUAUACCGCCCCGGAGCUGGCUCCAUGGGCAUCGGCUCGUCCAGCGGGAUACGAAGGAUAACGAUGGUGGGCGACGACAUAAUCUUGGAGGAGGAGGAGACAUCACCGCUACCAUCGACACCGACAACACCGACGGGCAGUUCCGCGCCUCAGACACCGGCCCCGCCACCGCCACUGCCCGGGUUAGUCCCAUCAUUCGUCCAUCCACUAUCCACAAGUUUAUUAUCGCCCACCACAACAACAACAACAACAACAAUAGCACCAACAACAGCACCAACAACAGCACCAACAACACCAGCAACAGCAGCAACAACAAACAAGCCACACAUCUACAUGAACGUGGACAGUCCGAAGAGAAAUCAAAAUUAUAGCCAGGCCAGCAGCAAUAAUAAUAAUAAUCAAAACAACAACAACACUAAUAAUAAUAAUAAUAAUAAUAAUCGUAAUCCUAAUGAUCCCGAUACGGAUCAGGAUAAUACGAUGAAUGUUUCCGUUUCCGGCUCCAAGCUGACGGCGAAAAUCAAAUUCCCAAAAGACUAACGAAAGGCUUUAAUUCCAAAAUUUUAUAAAAAAAAAAAAAAAUUAUCGAAAAAGACAUAAUUAUUAUGCUACUUUCGUUAUAAAAAAAGAAGAAAAAAAAAGACAUACUAUAUAUGAUAUAAUAGUUCAAUAUCAUAAUAUCAAUCAUAAGCAAUUUUUUUCUUUAGAUAUUUCUUUAUUUUUUUAAAUAAUUAUUUUAGUAUUUUUUUUAUUGUCUGCAAACGGCAGAGAGUAGUUCUUUUUAAAAAUUGUGCCAUAACAUUAAAUAAUAUGUUUUUUUUUAGAAAUUUUAAAGCUUAACCAAAGCUAAGCAAACUAAAUAAUCGGAUAUUGAAAAUAUAGUAACUAUUAUUAUAAUUUUUAUUGCUUAAUCGUAUGCCUGGAUCUAUAAAUUACACGCUUUCAAACCAAAAAUUAUGAAAAAACACACUACUUUACUUUUAACUUUAAACUUUAAA